AUGAAGUUCUCUAUGAACGCCAAGCUUUCUGUUGCCAUCAUUGGCCACUUUGCCACGCGUGGCGCUGCUCAGCAGCGUGUCAAGCUCACCGACAACACCGAGCUCCCUCAGCCGGUCUUGACUACUGUCCUCGGCGAUGCCAUUCACAAGCCGAUCCCUACUGGCGGCAACGGCUUCACUGUUAUGAACAGCGAGGUCUGUCGCCCGGUGACCACCACCACUUGUGAGUGGAUUCAGGUCACCUCGACCAUGUCCUCCUCUGAGGUUAUGACCACUCCCAUGGCUACCUCCUCUGAGGUCACCACUUCUCUGGUUCAGACCUCGGUGAUCACUGAGGAGACCACCAGCGUGGCCACCUCCACCAUUGGCACCACGUCUGGCAGCACUUCUGCUGUCAUGACUCCCACUGUCUCUGCCUCUGGCACCAUCACUCCCAUCCCUUCUUCGGGUGCUGAGAAGACCGGUGCUGGCCUCGUCGCCGGCUUGGCUCUUCUUCUUGCCAUCUGA